CUACUACUACUACUACUACUACUACUACUACUACUACUACUACCACCACCACCACCACCACCACCACCACCACCACCACCACCACCACCACCACCACCACCACCACCACCACCACCACUACUACUACUACUACUACUACCAUCAUGUAAAUAAGUUAGUUAUGAAGUUUGUUUCCUUCUGUAUGAAAAUACGUGAUUCAUUGUUAGUAAUGUAACUGAAUUUUUCUAGAUUAUUAUUUGUGCUGUUUGUUUUAUAUUUUGAUUGUCAUAUGCAAAUUUUUGCUAACAAGAUCGAUCCUGGACAUAUCUCGCCUCCUCGGGAUUUCGCCUUCUGGACGAAAUCCCUGCGGGGGCAACUACUACUGUCACUACCACUACCACUACCACUACCACUACCACUACCACUACCACUACCACUACCACUACCACUACCACUACCACUACCACUACCACUACCACUACCACUACCACUACCACUACCACUACCACUACCACUACGACUACUACUACGACUACGACUACGACUACUACUACUACUACUACUAACACUAGUGUAAUU